UCCUGUCACGUGACGUGCAAACAUGGCGGCGCCCAGGGAAGCGCAGGAUUCGUGAAACUCCGAGCUUCUUCUCACCGACUCCAACGCGGGGGAAUCGUAUCUGGUUCACCCUACGUGUACCGGAGACAAGGGGGCCAGCAUGUCGCCGUCGGAGGAGGACAACGCUUUAGUGAACUCGCCCGCGGAAAAAGAAAAAACCUUUUCGAAACAAGACAUCGUGAAGCUCCUGGCCGAUCGGUUUGCUCGCCUUCCUGAGAAUGAACGCAAGCUGUUUUCAUACGGAUCGGUCUACCUCGGGAUCAACGGAGCGUUUGCCGGGCUCAUCGCGAACAGCUUGUUUAGACGAAUUCUGAACAUCUCUCAGGCUCGCUUUACAUCCAGUCUUCCGAUGGCCAUCCUUCCCUUCUUGACUACCGUGGUCACCUACAACAGCACCGUAUCCCAGCCUCUCCUUCACGGUGAUCUGAACUGUUCAGUCUGCACCAUGAUUCGGGGAGGAUUAGUUGGAUCCAUUGCUGGCGGCUUUUAUCCAAUUCUCUUAGCUUUGCCCAUCAACGGAGGACUGGCCGCCCGCUACCAGACAGCGCCUCUGCCGGAGAAAGGGAAUAUCGUGCGCUUCUGGACUACAGUCACACAGCCGGUCGUUAAGAAAAUGGCCUUCGCCCUCAUCCUUCAAGCAAUGUUUGGGGUUUAUAUCAGCUCUCGGCAUUUCGUACUGUAUGAAAAAAUGCUUCAGCUGCCUUCGGAUACGGCGGAUAGCGAACUGUCCCAAUAAAUUUUAUUGGAAUGCA